AUGUUCGAUUUAGCGAUUGGUAUUGUUGUUGGUACAGCUUUUUCAAAUGUCGUUAAAUCACUUGUUGAUGAUAUCAUUACUCCUCCAUUUGGUCUACUUAUAGGUGGUGUAGAUUUUGCUAAUUUAGUAGCUGAAAUUCCGAAUUUUGUUUAUCCAAAUCAACCACCGGUUGCUAUACGUUAUGGAAAAUUUAUUCAACAAAUUAUUUAUUUAUUUAUUGUAGCAUUGAUAUUAUUUUUAAUUGUAAAAUUAAUUAACAAAUUACAUAAAAUAGCAGCCAAAAAAAAAGUGGGUGUUGAAUAUGCUGUUGCAAAAGAAUUAAGUGAUGAAGUCAAAGUUUUACAUCAAAUUCGUGAUUUAUUAGCUCAUAAAAUAAUAUCUUUUCAUCCACAUAAAAAAGAACAUUGA